UUUUAAUCUCAAUAUAGGUAACAUUACUUCAAGAGCGACGGUGAGUGGUGAGCAUGGAAGAAGACACUUCUGAUGUGCCUUUCUUAUCCUUAACAUAACAUCAUAUAAACCAAUUCUUCAUUUGAAAAAGAAAUAUAAAAAACCAAACACUAUGGCACUUCUCUGCUUCAAUUCCUUCACAACCACCCCUGUUACCUCUUCUUCCUCCCUUUUCCCUCAUCCCACAGCAAACCCUAUUUCUAGAGUACGAAUCGGUCUGCCCACCAACUGUUUGAAGGGAUUUCGAAUCUUGACACCCAUUGUUCAGAAACCGAGAAAAAAUUCAAUUUUUAUUGCAUCCGCUGCUGCUGGUGCGGAUUCUAAUGUUGCAGAUGGAGUAGAAGAAAGUGAGAGCAAGAAAGAGAGUGAUGUUGUUUCUGUAGAUAAGCUUCCAUUAGAAUCAAAAUUGAAGGAGAGGGAAGAGCGGAUGUUGAAGAUGAAGCUUGCCAAGAAGAUAAGGUUGAAGAGAAAGAGGCUUGUUCAAAAGAGGAGGUUGAGGAAGAAGGGGAAUUGGCCACCUUCCAAGAUGAAGAAAUUGGAAGGUGUUUAAUAUCUGUUUGCAGGUUUCAUUCUGAUUUUCUAUUGUUCGACUCUGCCCUUGUUGUCAACAUUUUUUCUGGUGUAUUUUGACAAUUUUGUUCAUUUUCAAUCAAGAUUUUUAGUUUAUAUAUUGUA